AUGGACUCAUUGGCUGACCUGGGGAUAGGGGCUGCAGGUGAGAGGGGCAGCAUAUACGGUCGCUGGCUGGGCAUAUUAAAGAGUGUGCAGCAGAAAGAGGGCGGGCUGCGCAAGGGCUGGUCUGAAGCGGCCAGGGCCCAGUUCCGGAGCACCUUUAAUACGUUUUUGUCGGUAUACCCGUGGUUCGCGGGCUACUGGAUUCACUAUGCUCGGUGCGAGUUCAAGCUGGGCAACACCCAGGGUGUAAUUGAUGUCUACAACCGGGCCCUCGUCGAGCUGCCCUACGCACCUGAUCUGUGGGCUGCGUACCUCGAGUUCAUCGUCCUGGUGUGGCAUGAUACUGAUUCAAUUGACCGCGAGUUCGAGCGCGCCGUCGCGUUCGUGGGCGACGACUUUUAUUCCCAUGUCGUCUACGACGUAUACCUUGAGUAUCUGACGCUGCGGAAUUUCCACGCUCGCAAGAGCGAGCUGUUGCUGCUGAUUUUAACUAAAACACUGCAUCAAUUUGCUAAAUACUUUGCAAUGAUUCGAGACGAUGGUCUCAUGGGUAAAUAUUAUGAGCAACAGGAACGAGUGGCCCAGGCCUGGAAGUACGAGUGCCAGCUGCACCGCCCGACGUUUUUCCACCCCAAGCCGCUGAAGCAACAGGAGCGGGCGGUUUGGAUCCACUACUUGGACUCUCAAAUCGAGAACGAGGGCUUCAAGCACCAGCUGUUCCGCAGACUGCUGAUUUGCGGUGCCUUGGACGAAAGUCUGUGGCUGCGCUACAUUCGCUGGCUGAUUGCAAAGCGCCAGUCGCCAAUCCCGGCGUUUGAAACCGCCGACCGCCAGUUGUCUGCUGAUCUGGUUCAGGUCAGACUCUACCAUGCCCUGUGGCUGGAACACACUGGUGAGAAUCCGACGGCAAUAUACGAAAAACUUGGCUCCCGCGGCGCGGUUCAGGCCAGUCAGUAUGCAUCAAGAACUUCGGGAGACCCCCGAUCCAUCUUAGAGUCGGCUCUCGAGUCAACUUCUUCACCAGCCGACAAGGUCGAUUUGCUGCGGGAGCUUGUGAAAUAUGAUAAAAACGCGUUCGAGGCACACCCUUUACCGGACAAUGCAGAGUACUGGCGAGCAUAUUUGGCUGCUCGUCCCGACUGCGGAGAAGAUAUUUAUUUGCGGGCACCCGAAGGGUCUAUCACAAACGAGUACCUCGCUCUUCUGGCCCGGACCAAUGUUGUAAAGUACGUUGGGGUCGAUCGAAUGGUCCAUAGGUCUGCACUCGUGUAA